GACGUUAUUUCCGGUAGGUUGUGGCCCGGCGUCGACGUCACGCUGACGUCAGGUAGCGUACCGGCCGUGAAAGCUGCGGCGGUGGCGGGCGUGCGUCCACGCGCGGGUGGGUCGGCAGAAGCUCGGCGGCGUGUGCGCGCAGAAGAUGCUGAACAUGUGGAAGGUUCGAGAGCUGGUGGACAAAGCUACCAACGUGGUCAUGAACUACUCCGAGAUCGAGUCCAAGGUGAGAGAGGCCACCAACGACGACCCCUGGGGCCCAUCCGGUCAGCUGAUGGGGGAAAUCGCCAAGUCCACGUUCAUGUAUGAGCAGUUCCCCGAGGUGAUGAACAUGCUGUGGAGCAGGAUGCUGAAAGACAACAAGAAGAACUGGAGGCGCGUGUACAAGGCACUGCUGCUGCUGGCCUACCUGAUCCGGAACGGUUCUGAACGAGUGGUGACCAGCGCGCGAGAACACAUCUACGACCUGAGAUCUUUGGAGAACUACCACUUCAUGGAUGACAACGGCAAGGACCAAGGCGUCAACGUUCGUCAGAAGGUGAAGGAGAUGGUGGAGUUGGUCCAGGACGACGACCGACUCCGAGAGGAGCGCAAGAAAGCCAAGAAGAACAAGGACAAAUACAUCGGGGUCUCUUCGGACAGCGUGGGGGGCGGAACAGGAAGCGCCAAGAACUCUUGCGAGGCGGAGCGCAGCAAAUGGGAGGAGGACUGGGACAAGAGCCGAGCGGCCUUCCCUUUCAGCGAGAAGCUCGGCGAGAUCGGCGAGAAAAUCGGCAGCACCAUCGACGACACCAUCAGCAAGUUCCGCAAGAAGGAGCGAGACGACUCGCCGGACAGGAUCAGCGACGACGAGGACGACAGAGCGUCUGGGAACGGCCAGCGGGAGGCCCGCGAGUUCAAGGACGACGAGGAAACUGUCGCCGCCAAGAGCACCCACAACGCCCGGGCCGCUGACACCACCUCCGCGCGCAAACGCACCAGCGCCCCUGCCAACAAGACCUUGGACCUCGGCGCCGCCGCUCACUACACCGGAGGGAAGAUUCCCGAUGAUGAUGAUGAUGAUGACGACGACGGCGGUGGCGGCGACGCGGCGUCCGUCGGGGGGCUGAGCGGCGGGGGCGUGGCCGACCUUCUGGUUAUCCACCCGUCAGCCAAUCAGAGCUCUGCUGUAGGCGGAAACACGAACGACCUCAUCGGCUGCUUCGCUGACUUUUCGUCGCCAGUGGCGUCUACCAGCCUGCCCAUAUCCACCGCUGUGGCCCCGGCCAACGGGAGCGGAGAAUUUGGAGACUGGAGCGCCUUCGCCAACCCGGCGCCGUCGCUCUCCGCCUCCUCCCAGCCAAUCGCCGACCUGCUGGGCACGCCGCCGCCGAACCCCGCCCCCAAGCCCGCCUGCGUCCCGCCCUCCGCCGAGCUCUUCGACCUGAUGGGCGGAGCGAGCCAGCCGCUAACCAACGCGCACGCUCCGCUGAGCGCCUCGCAGAGUUUGACCUUCCCGUCCGUUGCCGUGCCGACUUUGCCCACAGUGCUGAGCUUGCCGCUGUCGCGGUCCCAGCAGAGUCUUGGGGCUUUGACGUCAGAGUCCCAGCGUGUGCUCGGAGGUCAGGCGUCUUUAGGCUGCACCUGGUCCGACCCGUCCGUCAACAUCAACCUAGACUUGUUGUCGGCCGGCCUCGACCCCGCAAAGUCCCAGGCUGGCCUCGGCAACAUCAUGCAGCUGCAAGGCGCGCCUCCCGUCAACGUGCUGUCCGACAACUUUGGAGGUUUCGGCCUCAGCUCGGUGCCGCGAGCCGCCGCCGCGACUGCGCCAACUUCGCUGACGAUGGGCGCGAACACGGUGAUGAUGACUCCGGCGAAGCGAGACGCCUUUUCUAACUUUGCCAACUUUGGGAAAUGAGCGGGCGUGCACGCGCGGGGUGUCGAAACGAGGAGGGCGUGACCCACCGGAGGACGUGCGGCACCCUGAGACAAAACGUGCGCUUGUGGCGGCACGGGCGGCGUCCCCCUUUGCACUCUUUUGGCCACCUCCUCGUGGGAUCUUCCACAUUCGCUGAGAAAGAUCCAUGCCCCCCCCCCCCCCAUACACACAACCCACCACACGUUCCAGGACGGACCUAAAACGCACUUUAACCUUUCCAGAUCGACUUCAUUUUCACUUCUUACGGCACAACUUUUGUCUUCUCCGACCAAGAACUGAACGGGAUUGUUUGGUUUUCUCGAAACUCCCGAGGACUUCCACUCGAAAGCCUUUCUGUGACUCUUCCAGUUGAUUUCCAUGUCGAAUAGGUUAUUAAUGCAGUCUCCUCCAUCAUUCCGUUGACAAUUUUUUUUACAUCACGUGACCAAGACGACGCCCGAGCAAGCGGUUGACCGCACCGGGCUUCAAACGGGUUGUGGCCGUCCUCGGGAAUGUUUUAAUCCCUUUAAAAUGCGAACGGCACCAUGAAAAGUCCCUUUAAAAUAAAUCAAAUUGGAACGAGAACAUAUUUCGGAAGAGACUGGAGGAAUCGCAGAAAGGUGAAGAACUGGGCAGUCUUGUAUAGAAAGUUAUGUGGAAAAUUACUGAAAACGUGAAGAGUUGAAUAUGUGGAAUAAAAGUUGGAAGAUUUGGCACAUGGGAGGUCAUUCACCCCGAGCCGCGAUCUCAACAUUUUGCGUAGAAACUCCUUUUGGACGAGCGUCCCGCCGGCCAGCACCUGACCGACUCCACCACGAAGGACUUUCUAGCACUUCUUCUGCAUUCUGUACGCGGCAAGCGGCGCCAAACCGCGUGUCAUCGGUGCCGUGGGAAGGAAGGAAGGAGCCUGGAUGAUCUUGUAGCGAUGAACUCGUUCUCGCGGGAGCCGGUUGGAAUAUUUCUGCGUGUGUGAAUGCGUGUGCUUGACUUUGAGCCUUUUGUGUGCUCUGAAUGACCAAAUAUUUAUUUUGUUAGAAGGGCGAUUCCAUGCAUCAUAUUUGAACACUGUUUAUGACUGUGUUCCCUUUUCAGUACAGCCUGUUUCAAUUGUCUAUUUCAUGUACUUCAUGUGGCAUUCGAUUAAAUUAUAACAAACAUUGA